AUUAAUCAUCACUUCAUUUCUCUUCUCUUCUCUCUCCAUAUCUUACUACUACUCUCUCUUCUCUUUGUAUAUAAACCGUUUCUCCCUCAUCGAGCUUUACAACAUAACCUCUCCCUCUCUCUCUCUCCAAUGGCUAAUCAUAAACUCAACGAAGAGAAGCCAUUCUCUUUCCUAACUCAUUCACCAUCCUUUGAUCACAGCUCGUUAUAUUUUCCUUCAUUUGACUGGGAAGAAGAGCUUAUGAUCCAUAACAACUCUGCCUCUCAAGCUUUUCCUUUACCGACACCUUCUCUGCCUUUACCUGACAUUGAACCCUUGUCUCAAGAUGUACUCGAUUCAUACAGCUCUGCAUUAUGGAACGAAACAGAGCAGAACAGAGGAGAAGGUGAUUUGGAGAAAGACACUGAGAACGAAGCAGUGACGACUAGGAAGAGGAAACUUAACGAGAGACGCGGAGAACAUAGCGUCAGCAUCAUCAGCGAUAUCACUACCUACACAACUUCUUCUGCUUCGAAAGGAUUGUCGAUGGAAAUUAUCUCUCGCUACUUCUAUAUGCCCAUAACUCAAGCGGCUAUGGAGCUUAACGUUGGCUUGACUCUUCUGAAAAGAAGAUGUCGCGAAUUGGGUAUUCAUCGAUGGCCUCAUCGCAAACUCAUGAGCCUACUUACUCUGAUCAGUAACGUCAAGGAGCUGCAGAAGAUGGAAGGCGAAGAGAACGCAGUGAAACUAAAGAACGCGUUGGAGAUGCUCGAGAAGGAGAAGAGGAUGAUCGAAGAGUUUCCGGAUUUGGAUUUUGAAGACAAGACAAAGAGGCUGAGACAAGCUUGUUUCAAGGCUACACACAAGAGGAAGAAGAAGAGAAAUCUCAAGUCGGAUCAAUCUCAGAUGGUCUCUAUACCCUCGUGUUCAAGCAGCGGAUCAGUCGUCAGUGAAGAGUCGGUUGAUGAAGGAGGAAUAGAGAGUGACGAAGAAGUGAAGUAUCUCUUGUGUGGUUUCACAGCCGAAUUUAAUGGUUUGUGA